GCCGUUCUCACCCGCGAGGACCCUUUCUUCCUCCCGGACCCAAGAAGACUGUGCUCAAAAUCUCGCCAACCUAACCUCCGGGCCACCAUCGCCAUCACCAUCGCUCCUUCCAAAAUCCCCAUCCAGCCGAGCAUUCGGAUUGCCAUUCCUUUGUCCGCUUCGCCCAAAAGUUAAAGCGGCGGCGGCGUGCCGUUGUCCGCUUCUCCGCCAGUUCCGUUCCACCUGUGCUCCAUCAGCCCAUCCCUCUUCUUGGCUGGCUUCAAGAAAAGACCGGUUCUGGCUCUGGCUCUGGAUCCUCCGCUUUCCCAACCGCCUGGCUGAAGUUCUUGCGGGGGCGAGGCAGCUUGUUUGGGCGGAGGCAAGAGGCGAUUCAGAAUUUCAGCUGCUGGGACUGGGAGGCCUGCACUGCAAAGAUCCAGUUCGCGGUGGAUGGAGCGAUGCUGCGGGUGUGCUUGAUAAGGUUCUUGCUUGCCUGAUAAGCAAGGUUUCUUUCUGGUGGCUCCUCCUCCUGCCGACCAAGACACAGAAAAUCUAAGCCUGUUCACACCUUCUAUUGCUUCAAUUUCCGAGUGCUCUUGCUGCCUGAGAUGACAUCAGUUUUGAGGGACUGCAUGCCUUGGACUCUGGAAGAGAUUCAUCAUCUCUACUCUCUUCAGCUGUUCUAGCUCCCCCCUUUUCCUUGCUGGCUGGCUGCAUCUUUGUUCAAUUCAGGGUUCUUGUGUCCCUGUAGCCCCAGUUUCUGUUUGGAUUCAUCAUGGGCACCACUACCGGGCAAAAGACAGCUCUGCUCCUUCUUGGGACCCUCUGGGUUCUUCUUGGUACCUGCAAUGCUGCUGAAUUCUCCCCUGCAGACAACUACCUCAUCAACUGCGGCUCCACGGUCGACGCUAAUCUCCACGAUGGGAGGGUCUUCAAAGCAGACAAUUCCGGCUCGACUAUAUUGACAUCACAUCACAGCGUCCCUGCAAACACCUUGCCGGAUGCAGUCAUAAGUUCUGACAAUCCUGUGCUGUAUCAAACUGCAAGGAUAUUCAUUGUGCCGUCGUCCUACUCCUUCAACAUGAAGAGCCGUGGCCGGCAUUUUGUCCGGCUACACUUCUUCGGUUUCAGAUACCAGAGCUAUGAUCUUGCCGCGGCAAAGUUCAAAGUGUCCACCCAGCAUGUUGUGUUACUGGACAAUUUCACUCCGCCGAGCAAUUCCUCACCGUUGGUCAGGGAGUAUUCGCUGAAUAUUACCGAGGAUAUGCUAAUUCUCUCAUUUGUGCCUCUGGGAAACAGCACAUCUUUCAUCAAUGCUAUUGAAGUAAUAUCUGUUCCUGAUGACCUGAUACAGGAUUCAGCGCAAACUGUGAAUCCCUCCGGCCAGUAUCUCGGCCUUGCAACACAGUCAUUUCAGACAUUCUACAGGAUUAAUGUGGGUGGACGGGAGGUGACCGUUGUCAAUGACACACUCUCGCGUUCAUGGGAUACUGACCAGAACUUCUUCAUAAAUUCCACUACCACUGAACUGUUUGCUUACCAAGGGAGGCUGAAUUAUCAGAAAGGAGCUGCAACCAAGGAGGAUGCACCGGACAGUGUGUACAACACUGCAAGGCGGUUGGCUGUGCAAAAUAGAACCAGCCCAGCGUCCAACAUGACAUGGCAAUUUGAUGUUGACGGUCGUUCGAGCUAUCUGAUCCGGUUCCAUUUUUGUGACAUAGUGAGCAAGGCAGCAUAUUCCCUCUACUUUGAUAUUUAUGUGGAUGGCGGGUUAGCGUUAGAAAAUCUUGACCUCUCUGAAAAAGUUUUUGGUACCUUGGCUGUGCCAUACUACACGGAAUUUGUCUUGAAGUCAAGCAAUCCUUCUGGUAAGCUAAGUGUCGGCAUUGGGCCUUCCAGCUUGAACAAUGUGGCACUAGAUGGCAUCUUGAACGGCCUGGAGAUCAUGAAGAUGAACAUCAGUACUGGCACUAUUUAUGUUGUGUGGCCACCAGCAACGCCAAAAAGGAAACUGGCUAUCAUAUUGGGCCCUGUUCUCGGAGGUGUUGGUGCUGUUAGCAUUGCUAUUAUUCUCUGCUUUGUCCUCAGAAGAAAGAAGAAGGAGAAGAAGCCGCGGCGGGCACCGACAAGUCGACCUUCAAGUUCUUGGUCACCACUUACCCUCAAUGGCCUUAGCUUCCUUAGCAUAGGUACCCGAACAACCAGCCGGACCACUCAUACAUCUGGGACAAACAGUGAUGUAAGCUACCGAAUACCUUUUGCUUUGCUGCAAGUGGCAACAAAACACUUCGACGAGCAGAUGGUUGUCGGAGUUGGGGGGUUUGGGAAGGUAUACAAAGCAGUUCUGCAGGACAGCACCAAAGUCGCAGUCAAGCGGGGCAACCAGAAGUCCCACCAAGGGCUCAAAGAAUUCCGGACAGAGAUCGAGUUGCUGUCGGGGCUGCGACACCGUCACCUCGUGUCGCUCAUCGGAUAUUGCGAUGAGCAGAACGAGAUGAUCUUGGUGUAUGAGUACAUGGAGAAAGGUACGCUGAAGAGUCACCUGUAUGGCAGUGACAUGCCUCCCCUCAGCUGGAAGAAAAGAGUGGAAAUCUGCAUAGGGGCUGCAAGGGGGCUCCACUACCUGCACACAGGUUUUGCAAAGUCGAUCAUCCAUCGUGAUGUCAAGUCGGCAAACAUUCUCCUCGACGAAAAUCUCAUGGCCAAGGUUUCUGAUUUCGGUCUCUCGAAGACGGGACCUGAGUUGGAUCAGACACAUGUUAGCACUGCGGUGAAAGGGAGCUUCGGGUAUCUUGACCCUGAGUACUACCGGAGGCAGAAGCUGACCGACAAGUCGGAUGUGUACUCAUUCGGCGUGGUCUUGCUGGAGGUGAUCUGCGCGAGGCCAGUCAUCGACCCGACGCUUCCAAGAGACAUGAUCAACCUUGCAGAAUGGGCAAUCAAGUGGCAGAAGAGGGGAGAGCUUGGUCAGAUCGUCGAUCAACGGAUCGCUGGGACAAUCAGGCCAGAGUCAUUGAGGAAGUACGGUGAGACGGUCGAGAAGUGUCUUGCGGAUUACGGCGUCGACCGCCCUACCAUGGGUGAUGUCCUGUGGAAUCUGGAGUUUGUGCUCCAGCUGCAGGAGGCCGGCCCGGACAUCUCCAAUGUGGACAGCAUGAAUCAGAUCUCUGAACUUCCUUCAGGCGCCAGAAGGAUGGGCUCUCUGGAGAUCGGUACCGCAGACGAAGCAGACGAAGGCCGCACGAACAUGGAUUACUCUCAGAUGUCGACCAACGAUGCCUUCUCGCAGCUGAUGAACACUGAAGGGAGGUGAACUGGACUGCAUUGUUUCUGUGUCACUAAGGAAGUUGGUAAAAACAUGUUGACCUGGGGAAAAGAGAUGUCUGUUGCUUGUCCAUACCAUGUAUUGUUGUUUCCGACAAGCCCUUAAUUGCAUUCAUGUUCUGAUA